ACACUGUUACUUUGUCUGUUCACAGUCACUGAUGAAGACACGGUCAAGAGAUACUAUGCCAAGUUUGAGGAGAAGUUCUUCCAAACAUGCGAAAAGGAGCUGGCCAAAAUCAACACGUUCUACUCAGAAAAGUUGGCUGAGGCGCAGCGGCGGUUCGCCACGCUGCAGAACGAGCUGCAGUCAUCGCUGGACGCGCAGCGGGAGAGCACCGGCGCUCCGGGUCUGCGUCGCCGCCGCGCCGUCUUCCACCUCACCCAGCAGGAGCGCUGCACGCACCGCAACAUCAAAGACCUGAAGCUGGCCUUCAGCGAGUUCUACCUCAGCCUCAUCCUGCUACAGAACUACCAGAAUCUGAACUUCACAGGCUUCCGGAAGAUUCUGAAGAAACAUGACAAGAUCUUUGAAACGACGCGGGGUGCAGACUGGCGGGUGGCCCACGUGGAGGUGGCUCCCUUCUACACUUGCAAGAAGAUCACCCAGCUCAUCUCUGAGACGGAGGCCCUGGUCACCACAGAGCUGGAGUGUGGGGACCGUCAGAGGGCCAUGAAGAGACUGCGGGUGCCCCCGCUGGGUGCAGCUCAGCCCGCGCCUGCCUGGACCACCUUUAGGGUGGGUUUAUACUGUGGAGUCUUCAUUGUCCUCACCGUCACAGUCAUCAUCACAGGUGUGGCUAAGUUCCUGUCCAACAAGGAGCACGAUGUGUGGCCGCUGGUGCGCAUCUACCGUGGCGGCUUCCUGCUCAUCGAGUUCCUCUUCCUGCUCGGGAUCAACACCUACGGCUGGAGGCAGGCGGGGGUCAACCAUGUGCUCAUAUUCGAACUCAAUCCCCGCAACAACCUCUCCCACCAGCAUCUCUUUGAGAUCGCAGGCUUCCUGGGCGUGUUGUGGUGCGUGAGCAUCCUGUCGUGCCUCUUCUCCAACCCCUUGCAUGUCCCCAUGCUGGCCAACCCGCUCAUGCUGUACGGCUUCUUCUUCCUCUUCCUCAUCAACCCCUUCAAGACUUGCUACUACAAGUCCCGCUUCUGGCUCCUCAAGCUGCUGUUCCGGGUGGUCACGGCUCCAUUCCACCGGGUGGAGUUUGCGGACUUCUGGCUGGCUGACCAGCUGAACUCUCUGGGGAUGGUGCUUAUGGACCUGGAGUACAUGAUCUGCUACUACAGCAUGGACAUCACCUGGGCCAAUCCAUAUCAGGAGAUGGACACACGAGAAGGGAGUGAAUGCCACACGUACUCGUACGGCGUGCGGGCUGUGAUCAAGUGCCUGCCCGCCUGGUUCCGUUUCGUACAGUGCCUGAGGCGUUACCGUGACACCAAGCGUGCCUUCCCUCACCUGGUCAACGCCGGCAAAUACUCCACCACCUUCUUCGCCGUCACCUUCACCGCCCUUUACCACACACACAAAGACGAACCUGAGAACACUGUGUUCUUCUACAUGAUGAUCAGCUGCCUAGUGGCCAGCUCCUGCUACACGCUCAUCUGGGACCUGAAGAUGGACUGGGGCCUGUUCGACCGCAGCGCCGGAGAGAACACCUUCCUGAGAGAGGAGAUAGUCUACCCACAGAAAGCGUACUACUACUGUGCCAUACUGGAGGACGUGCUCCUGCGCUUCGCCUGGACCAUCCCCAUCUCCGUCAGCUCCGUCACCAGCGUUCCCCACAUCACCGACAUCCUCAGCACCAUCCUGGCUCCACUGGAGGUCUUCAGGCGUUUUGUGUGGAACUUUUUCCGUCUGGAGAACGAGCACCUGAACAACUGCGGUGAGUUCCGAGCAGUGCGGGACAUCUCGGUGGCACCACUGAACGCAGACGACCAGACGCUGCUGGAGCAGAUGAUGGACCAGGAGGACGGCGUCCGCAACCGGCUGGGCAAGAAGAAUUACAAGAGGAGCUACAGCAUGUCCCUGAGACGGCCGCGCCUAGCCUCCCAGUCUAAGACGCGAGACACUAGGGUCCUCAUAGAGGACACGGACGAUGACACCUGACAUCUUCCUCCGCGGGGCCUUCGAGGCUCCGCCCUAAAGACAGCGGCCCUGUGGAGGCCACAGCUCUCUCAACUGUUCAGUCCGACAUCACAGAGUGGCCCGUCCACCACAACACCCACACACAAAGCCCAGUAACACACACACACACACACACACAUCCAAAUGACCAGUACCAUUCUGUUGAGAGAGAGAGAGAGAGAGAGAGAGACAGAAAGAAACUUCCACAAUCACAAAGACAGCUAAGUUACCUUUUACGUUCAAAGUAUACACACAAACACACACAGACACACACAGACACACACACACACAAUCAGGUUACACAUCAGUGACAGCCAUGCUAACCAAGUAGCAAGAAAUAAGCAGGUGACAAACACACACCUUCUGAGCCCCAGUGGCUAACAAACACACUUGUAAAUACUGAAUAUACAGAGACCAAGAAUCAUCUACACACUGUAAACACUCAUGUGCACAUGCAUCAUACUUCCAGACACACUUGUAUUUGCCCCAACAUGCCACUUUUCUUCCAUUCCCGUUCUCUUGCUCAUCUGUCACUGCCUUGAGUGUUUUUUCAGAGGAGGUUAGACCAUUCUCAAGACUGCUCAAACGUUGUAAAUAUCAUAGGCUACACGGGCAACUAUUGUUUAUUGAUCGAUAAUCAGAAAUAAUGUAGCUGACCUGGGGUAGAGAUUCCUCAGGCUGGACAUUGACCUCUCCUGUAAGGCAAUCAGUCUGGUUGAAUGCCAGUGUCUAUGGAUCUGUUGUUUUAUGUGAAUUUAUUUUAAUGUUUUGGAUGAAGUCAAAGAUGAAAACAAGAUUUGUAAUGUUAAUGUGGCAGUCCCAGAGAUGUGUGUGUGCCACAGUUUUCAUCUUUUAUUUUCUUUUUCGAAAAAUGAUUUGAAUGUACAUUUCAUUGUUAUUUAUGUGAAAGAGAUAUGCCUUGAAAGUUGCCUAAGGAAUGGGAUGUUUUUUGAAGUUGGGGAAGGUUUCAAUGGUCCCCCCCCACACACACACACACACACACACACACACACACACACACACAGUAUGGCUUUUAAAUGUGAUGAAACCCACAGGUGGCAGCCAUAGGCUGACUUUCCAUGGAGCACCCAAGCCCCGCCCUUCUAGCUCAUUGGAGAGGCUCAUCUGAAUGACAGCUAUAUUCUCUGUAUUUGUUUAUGCCAGAUGUCAGAGAAAUGCCUAUUGAAUAUUUCCCCAGUGCUGUUUGGGAAAAAGUAUUACUGAGCUAGGGUAACAUGUAGCUUUUUCUGAGCAAGCCACAUUUGUAGAACAUUCCAUUAGCACUUUGAUGAUGUGUUGAAGGCUCGCGUCCACUUGCCAGUCAUUCCCCCCCCACCCAUCCCCUGAAAGUGGGGUGGUCCAUCUUUACGCAUUAGAAAAAUCUGUGUAAACGUCAAUGCUUUUGCCUCUGUAUUUACUGUGAACUGCUGUCCUAUUCCAGUGUAACAGCAUUCCAAGCCAUUUCCAUGGAAGGUCCCUGAGGUGAAACCUUGUCCAUGUUUUAAUGUAUGACUCUUGCCAGUGAGAAUCCUUGAAAUGCCACCUGUGGGUUUUUAGCAAACAUGCAUUGGGAGGCUCUUUAAUGACAUAUUUAAUGACAUGUUUAAGCACCAUGGUGAAACUGUUGUGAGGAUUUCAGGGACUUUUAUGUUCUGAUCUCAAUAUGACCUGUUUCCCAAGAGCAUCGCAGGACUCCACUUCAGUUGUGAUAGAAUCGUUUGCAGAUCUCCCUCUACUACCAUGACCCCAAGUUAUUCAAGGAUGACUUUGUUCUUUGACGCUUUUGGAAAAUGAGGCCUUAAUAUGCUACCUUCUGAUCUGUUCACUAACUAAAGAACUGCUCUUAAGUGGGUGGGUGGGGGCGGGGGGACUAUUACCGAAGAGCCAUCGAGGACACUGGUGGUGAAGUGAUGCAGGAAGUCUGUUACAUUCCAGGAGAGACCAGAGUAUGCAUGGCCAAAUCAAGAGCAAAGAGAAGCCACUGUUAAACGCAUCCUAAUCAUAAGCCACACAUACACUGAAGCUGUCUUUCCUCGGCCCCGGUGGUGGAGUGCAGUACUGUAUUCCAUGGCCUUGGGGUCAAAGGCCACUGCAAUGCAGCUGCAACACCGGGAGAAAUUACGCUGUUGUUAGGAUCCUUUAGAAAAAGAUCAAGUCUGCUGUAAAUACCAUGGACCAAAAAGAAAAAAAAAGGUUACUCUGUGGAUUUUUGUUUGUUUCAGGUUUGAAUAUUGGUGACAUUUUGUUUCCAAAUGGAGAAGGAUCUUCUGUGAACUCUGUUAGAAGUUCUCAUUGGCCAUCAGUUUCUGUUCUGUCUCUUGUGCUUGUUGUACCGUUGUACUCUUUAUCCCCGGCCACUGUAACCGCCCCAAAGGGGGAGAUCUCUACAUGCAUUUACCCCUCCGUAUGUAAGAGGAGGAAAAACUAAAGCAUUGAGCUUGUCUCACUCUCCCUGUUACAGUUUUUAAGUAAAAUGAUCAAACAA